UGCGAGGGAAAGGGUGACUGGCGGACCCGGCUGUGGCGAUCCGAAGUCGCGGAUUCGGCACGCCGUGGUUUACCGAACGUAAUAUGGCGUACAAGUUUCGCGAGGAGAUCGUGGGAAAGAGGUUUCUCUCGGUGAGUGGUUUCACCAAGCUGAAGGUGAAUAAAAUUAGUGAGUGGGGUUGGCGUGCGGGGGUGAUACGUGCUGCCAGUCACAGGGAUAACGGCUGUCAUGACCUUCAGAUCCUCGUAGAGUACGACGACGUGGAAUGGCAAAGGAGGGAGUGGUUGUCACCACAUAGGGAUGCCGUAUUUUCCUUCUUUCUCAUUGAAAGAGGUCUCUACUGGGCUGAACGACCUGACCCCAGGCACGCCAGUCUCAUCCCCAUCGAUCAUCAUAAUCACGCGAACAAUAACCACCAUCAGCACCGCAUUAACGGGAAACCGCUCAGAGGCGCCACGGCGGUCGCCGACACCGUUGCUUGGCCAGCUCUUACUUUUUAUCCUCUCGUGGCACGCGCCGAGUUGCACGAGGACGCCAUGCCGAUCGAAUUUAUGCAAGAUCGCAAACUGGACUUCGUCGACUACUCCAAGUUGAAGCCGUUCACUCAGGACUGGGAGCUGACUAAGGGCGCAAUGCCCUGGGGAAACGCCGUUAGAAGAUGGGCCGAGAUGCAGGACGGUCAGAGGAUUCUGUUGACUACGCCUAGCGUUCUCGUCGGUUUCAGGGUCGAAGUUUAUCGGGCGGAAGGCACUACACAAUGGUACACAGCCGUGAUCGUCGGUUACAACGAGUCCACUAAGGAUCUGACUGUUACCGACGAUACGGUCCUCGAAGAUCACAACGAGGAUCCCACAUUAGUACAAAUGCGGCUGAUUGGCGAUGGAGUCGUCGAGAGCAUCAUGAGGGGCGAGGUCGUCGGCAUGACACCAAGGAGGUCGAGGUCAUCGACUGCUCUGACGCACGCGCUCGUUGUGCCACGACCCGGAAGAAGGCCUCGAAGGCGACCAGGAAACGCAGCGCAGUUACAGACAACUCCGAGGGUGCAAAGCCCGAUAUCGCAGCAGCUCGAAAAAGAGAAGAACAAUGCCCGUAACAAUCGACGCCGACGCGUGAGCGAAGGUGCCAGUCGCGAGAAAAACGAAAAAGAUUCGGCGGAAUCCACACGGCAGCAAGAGGAUCGCGAAAAUAAAAGUCCGCCGUCCAGCAAGGUAAGCAAUCGUGUUGCGCGGCCGGUGUUGGAAGAAGCAAACAGUGCAUCGGGUAGUGCUACGAAACUACGAAGACGUGGCGCCGCGGUAAAGAGCCCGACCGCCGAGCAGGGGCCGGCACAGCAUCAGAGACCGGCACGAAGAAGACCGAGGCCAGGAGGCGGCCAAGAAGUCAAGACAGGCGCAGAGGGAGAGUCCGUCGAGCAUCAUCAUCGUACCGGAGCGAGAGCCGACAAGGACGAACGCCUCGGUAACAGAUCGGAAGAAGAGGAGGAGGAAGAGGAAGAGGAGGAAGAGCGUCUCGAGGGAGAGGAUGAAGGGAGCCCGGAACGCUGCGAUCCACUGACUAAGCGGCUAAGAACAAGCCCCGUCGGCAGAAAGCUCAGAUCGGAGAGUAGUAAGAGCAAAAACACUGAGGAAGCUGCAGCGGAUCGGGCCGCGAGAGGAACGGUGGUGGAAGCGGAGGGAGAGGACGAGGAGGAAGACGACGACGAGGACGACGUCGAGGAGGAAGCGGGGGCGGAAAAACACGACGGGGCCGAACGGGAGGUCGGUAAACUUGAAGAGGACGAGGAGAGCCAGUCCAGGGAGAGGGAUAGAGAACCUGAGCCACCACCUCCGGACAAAGUCGAUCCCGGAGGCGAUCCGGCUUCCAAGGAGGAGCAGCGACAACCAGAUAACAAAUCAGAAUCAAGAAAGGACGCUCGUGCGACCGAUUGGGACGCAGAUAAGGUCGGCGAGAAUAAGGAACAGCAACGACAGCAGCAGCAGCAGCAGCAGCAACAGCAGCACCCACCGCAGUUACUCGUGAAUGGAUUGCACGUCGAUUCGCCGCUGGUCAGCGAUAAGACGAAUGCCAUCCGCGAGGGCAGUCCGUCUGUGCUGAAGUCGACUCGAUCAAAGACAAAAGGUUUUGCGGAAGAAACCAGAGAUCACGUAGCGGCGGCGGCGGCGGCGGCGGCGGCGGCAGCGGCAGCGGCAGAAGACGAUCGCGACGAAAACGCCAGUGAAGAAGAGGUGAGCUCGCAGCGAUCACGACGCACAGAGCUGACUACCACCGAGUUAGGCACGGAGGAUAGCGUGGGUAGCGUCAGUGGCGUUAGGGCGGCCAGCGUCGAAUCGGUCGUCGAGCUGCUGGAGUCGAGCAGUCAGGACUCAGGCUCCGUGCUGGAGAGGCUGAGUCCGUUUAGUAGCAGCGGCGGCGGCGGCCCCGGCAGGCAGAGCAGCCUGCUCCUGGAACAGCAGCGGGAGCAGGAGCGCAAUCGGCACAACGAGAGCCCGAUCAUCCUUGCCGAGAGACUGAACAAGCCGCCACCGCCGAUCGCCGGUCACCAUCAUCAUCCUCAUAUACAAUCUUACCACCAGCCGCAUCAUCAGCAACAACAGUUCCAUCAUCAUCAUCAUCAACAGCAUCACCAGCAGCGUUAUUCCGCCAAUAGUCCGGUGAUCCAUCACCAUCACCAGCAGCAACAGCAACAGCAGCAGCAACAGCAGCAGCAGCAGCAACAGCAGCAGCACCAGCAGCAGCAGCAGCACCAGCAGCAACAGCCACCGUCGCAACAUCAUCAUUAUCAGCUAGCGAGCAGCCCGCAUCAACAUCAUCACCAUUCCACCGCUCGCCUGACCCCGUCGAGCCUCCUCGAGGUGCAACAGCAGUCUCACACAUCGAGGGGUGGCGAUGAGGCCGGCCUCAUGGAAGUGGAGGCCGGGGCCGGUAUACCUGGAACGGGCGUACUCGUCGGUGUGCCUACGGCGGUCGGUGGUAUACGGUCGUCGGGAGGCAGCAGCGGCGCCGCCGGUGUUGCUGCUUACGGCGACAGCGGCUCCGACAGCGGGGUAAGCUCGCUGAAGAGCGCCAGUUCCGGCGACGAGAGGAGCGGCAGCAGGAGCUCGGCGCUCAGCGUCGAGGAGACGACGUCCUCCUCGACGCCGCUGGCCCCGACCGCUGUCGCUGCCGCCGCCGCUGCCCCGGCCAGGAUCUGGCACGUGCAGAGCGUCCAGCACACGUCCCUAUUGAUGGCGCAUCCGUCCCAGGGCGCGCCCAACGCCGGCGCUAACGCCGCGGCCACGGCGCCGCCGGUCGGCUAUCACAGUCCGGCUCCUCCGAGCCACCACGCUGCCGAGAUGCUCUGGAGGCAGUCCAGGACCGCCUACCCGCCGCUCUCCCACACGCUCUUAGGCCCACAACCAUCCAGUCCGGAGGAGCUGCUUGAAAGAGAGCGCCACGAAAGAAUGCUGCGGGAACGUCGUGAAGUGGAAGCACGCGAGAUGGAGAAGGUGAAAAUGGAACGAGAAAGGCUUGAAAAACAAAGAGCCGAACAGGCGGUUCAUAAGCACUUUGAGGAAUCAUUUAGGCUAGCACAAAAGGUAUCUUAUGUCCCGCAGAGGAACAUGCAGUCGGCCUCGAUGGCUGGAUGGAGCGCUUUCAUGCAGGUACCGCCGCCGAGGACGCACGGGGCGUUGACGGCUCACCCACCCACCAGCCACCACGGUCAUCCCAGCGGUCCACCGGGCGGAUCCGCCACAGCCGCCGCCGCCGCCGCCGCCGCCGCCGCGCAUCCCGCCGUGGCGCAGCAGCAGCAACGCGAGGAACGGGAGGCGCGGGAACGCGAGCGGGAGCGGGAGCGGGAGCGGGAGCGGGACUUUCGCGAGCGGGAGCAACGGGAACACCUGGCGGUGGCUGAAAGGCAUCAACGGCAGGCCGAAGCCAGGGAUCACGUCGCGCAGCAAAGGGCCGCCUACUACGCGGCGGCCGCCGCGGCACCGUCGGCUCAACAGGUUCGACCUUUGAACGUAUCUGGAAAAGUAGAGUACCCGCCACCACCGGCGCACUCGCGGACAUCAAAGUCGUCGCUGCAGGUUGUCGGCCUGCACGAGAAACCGUCGGUGGUUUCGCACAGCUCGUUACCGAAAGCCGAGCCAAACGUGAACUUGUUCAACUACUCGUCGACGUAUCAGCCACAGCCAUCUUGCACGUCAUAUCUGCAUGAUCUCAAGUUAAAGAACGAGAUAGGACCGCACAAGUCGCUAUCGAGCAAGAGCGGAUUGGCUGGCGGCCUCGAGAGGGACCAUCAUGGCAGAGAGGUACUACAGAACCCGCCAUCCUUACUGCCGGAUUACAAAAGUUCGGUGAUUGUGAAAAACGAGGGCAGGGAGCUACCGAAGACACCGGCACCGCAACAACACUCGUCCAGCCCGAAGAUAAUGCCUUACAUGAACGUCCAAUCGGUGGCGCCGCAGCACAAAUCGUCAGCGUAUGAAUACAGAAGCCCGACGCAGAGCCCACAUCACCUGCAUCCCGCGCAUCUGGACGGUCUGCAGGCGAAGAGCAUCGCGACGUCCGCGAGUCACCAUCGAGGUGGCGGUGGCGGUGGCGGCGGGGGCGGUGGCGGAGCGCCGACGACGACGACGCAACUGCCGAGUCCGCACGGUCAUCCACCGCCACCACCGCCGGCGCAACCUGAGCCGCGCCUGCACUCGCACAAUCCCCGUCAAUCCCCGCAUGCCCCACCACAGCAUCCGCACCAGCCACCGGCACCGCCGCAUCCAUCGCCGCCUGAACCGCGCUAUCUCAGCAGGCCGGAAUCUGCGGGUCUACCGUACGGCGCGGCGAAAUCUACGUAUCCGUACCCGCAUCCACAUCCGCCCACGGCCUCGUCGACGACGUCGUCGCAUUACGCCGCGCCGCCGCCGGCCGGCUCCAAGCCGAAAGUCAGCAGCCCGGCGCCGCCGCACAUGUACGGCAAGCCUAACUGCGGUAUUACUAAUUGCGGCAUUAUAGCCGGCACGCCGGUCUGCCGUGCCUCCGAAACGCCUGUCGCCGCGCCGAUACCGCUGACCUCGAAGGCCGGCAGCUCGCCUUACCAGCAAGUGCCUCAUCAUCACGGGGCGCCGCCGCCACCGUUGCCGCCACCUGCGCACAGCCGGUCCGUCUACGACAGUCGCUUCCCCGGUUCAUUGCCGGGCGCGAAACUGCCGCCACCGACGUUGCAUGGCUCGCCCCCCACGGCCGCCUCGGCGCCGCUCUCAAGGACGAUCGCUCAUUCGGCGCAUCUCAAUACCAGCCCGCACCAGCAACCCGGUCAAACGUUGCAGCACGCUCAGCCCCAGAUCACCACGGCCUUCCAGACGCAACCGCUCGAUCUCGGUGUCGAGAGGUCGGGCUCACCGAAGAGGAAAGCACCGACGCCAUUGUUAUGCGACAAUACCAGCGGUCAGCCGGUGUCGUUGGAAGUUUGUAAGAAGCGAAGGACCGAGGAACCACAACCAUUAUCCUUGCAAUCCGUUGGUCCGCCCGUUCUUUCCAGGGUGAGCGAGCCCAGCCCGCUUAUCGCUUCAGCCGCUACGUCUAUCACUACAGUUGUCAACACUGCAGCAUUGCUGGCGCAGCCAAACAACCAGGUGACGCAAGAGCAGCGCACAGUGACAGCGGUGAGUCCGGCACCGGGUAACGCCAGCGGUGACGGUUCCGUACGACCCGCUAGCACCGGCAGCGUAUGCUCGCUAAAUCCAACGUCGGUGAGCGCGGCACCAAGUCCGGCGCCCAUCCCCAGCCCGGCACCGUCCACAGCACCCAGCCCAGCGCCUAGUGCGCCCGGCACGCCCGCCAAGACAAACCCCAGCAACACGGACAGCGAGAAGUGUAACAGUCCGGCACCGAGACCUCCUAGCAGCACCAACUAUCCAGUACAUAAACUGAAAAAGGCGUGGUUGCAAAGACACUCGAGGUGCGAAGACGGCACCGAGAACACUAUCAGUAUGGCCGGCAGCAUUACGUUACCUCUCAACAUCUCUCGUGAGACAACGUCCUCGAAUAGUAAGAACCGCGACAAUGCGCCGACUACUUGUUUGCCUAGCGCGGUUAAUUCGAUCCACAAUAUCGGUAGCAUGGCGGUAAACAGCAUCAACAAGAGCAAAGUUACUGGCAGGAGCGGCCGAAAACCGGCGAACAAAGAGUCGCUGAACGGUCACGCCACUGAUACCAGCAAGACCCCGCAGGAGGACUCGUCUAGCAGCGACCCGGAGAGAAAGUCGCCGCCUAAACGGAAGCCACCCAAGGUAAAACGAAAGAAGGGCGCCGCACGGAGGCAACAAACGGCCGCGGAAGAUCAGCGGAGGCGGAAGGAGGACAAGCAAGGCGGCGGUGCGGGUAGCGAGUCCAGCAACGAGAGCGAAGCAGGCUCCAGCGACACUAGCGAACAGUUGAGCUCUAUUCAGCCUGCAUCGAGGGUUCGACACACUACGGCCAAUUCCAACAAUUCCUCGGGAAACGGAAAUAACAAGGAACCUAGGAAACGUGGUAGGAGACCAAAGAGUACGAAAAACAAUGACAUGGGAGGCGAGGACCAACAACCCCGUCAGAAGAAGGAACGCAGGGAUGACAGUACAAGCGGUGGUAACAACGGUCCGGGCGGAAGCGGUGGGCAGUCCUUUCGUAAACCGACGAUAUCGCAACUGAAAAAAUCUGGCGAGAGUUGGCUGCAGGACGGCGCCUGUUUCGAGGUGGCUACGAAAUUGGCCAAGUGCCGCGAGUGCCGAUGGACACCGAACCAGCGCUCCAAGAACUCUCAGAAUAUCUUCUGCAGAUUCUACGCAUUUCGCAGACUGCGUUAUACCAAAAACGGACAAUUGGCCAUAGCGGGAUUCAGUGACCCACAUAAAGACGCGUCCGAGGAUGAUCUUCGAUUAUGGUUACCAGGAGGAGAUAACAACCAAAAGGCAACAGGAAAGAAUGACAAAUCCGAGAAGAACGAGAAGGACAAAGGAGAUCGAGAGGACUUAGACUUAGAAACGGCUCAUCGGCUGCUUUGGCAAGUUGGCGAUCAAUUCUGUGAUCUUUUACAUCAAGAGAAGAAUGCCCUUCAAGAACAUAUGGCUGAAGCGAGUUCGGGGGUUGUAGACGGAACAGUAGCGUGGAAACGAGUAAUCCUGGGUGUCCGAGAAAUGUGCGACGUGUGCGAGACUACCUUGUUCAAUGUCCAUUGGGCCUGUGGCAAAUGCGGCUUUGUCGUUUGCAUUGAUUGUUACAAGGGACGUAAAAAUGGAACAGUUAAAAUCUGGGGCGAGAGUGGAAAAGACAGGGACGAUUUUUCAUGGCUUCUAUGCACGAAUAGGCAAGUGCACGAACCGGAACGACUUAUGCUUACGCAAAUCAUCGCCGGCGACAGUCUUCUGCGACUGGGUCAACGUCUACACGAAUGCCGUGCAGAAUGGGGAAUUCCGCAACAUUGUGCUUGCUCCCUCGUAACUUCGACGCAACCAAACGAGAUUCUUCGAAAUCUGAUCAAAGGUGAUUCUGUGCCUGUUCUUAAUGGAAACGUGAAACAGGAGAUAAAAGAAGAGAAGAAGAUAAAUGAAUCUAACGGUGCAUCGGAGAGCAAAACCAACGGCGAGGACAAAAACUCACCGCUGAACUGGUUGGCCGAUGUAGCACUGCAGAAUCAGGACAAAAACGAUAGCGGCUCAGACUCGGACUCGGACGAUGAUCGCGAGGGUAAUUACUCGACAUUGCGGGAGUUGCUCAUAAGGCCGUCGCACAAGUCAAACGGGAGCGGCGGAUCCAGAUCGAAUUCACCUACGAACAAUUCAAGUGGUGUGAAUAACACCCCGCAGAAUAACGUCGCUAAGUCUGGCAAAAAGUCGAAAAUGGAUACGCUUGAUGAAGUAAUAUCUAGUGUGAUCGAACACAGUGUGAAAAAGGAAAAAGACAAUGGUCUUGAUGACGAAAAGCCACGGGAAUUGAAACAUUUCGUACGACGUUACAAGUGGACACAGCGCGGUCGUGAGCCGUUACCAAUCAGAAUUAUGACGGGUACAGAGAGCCGGAGUCUUUAUCCAGACGUGCCACACUCUUGGCUCUGCGACGGCAAGUUGCUGAGGUUAAGUGACCCGAAUAAUCCAAACAACUACAGAAUAUUUCAGGAUCAGUGGAAGCGAGGACAGCCGGUAAUUGUGUCGGACGUCGCCAAGGCGCUGGACAUGAAGCUCUGGCAUCCUGAUUCAUUCGCUCGUGACUUCGGCGAAGAGAAGAACGAUCUCGUUAACUGUAUGACAGGCAAUCUAGUACCGAAUCAACCAAUGCGCAAAUUCUGGGAAGGAUUUGAGUACUAUUCCAAGCGGCUUAAGGACGAGCGAGGAAAUCCUAUGCUAUUAAAAUUGAAGGACUGGCCGCCCGGUGAUGAUUUCGCCGAAUUAUUACCAUCGAGAUUCACGGAUCUGAUGAAGGUUCUUCCAUUGUCCGAGUACACGCAUAGAAACGGCAGGCUAAAUUUGGCGAGUCGUCUACCUAAUUGCUUCGUGAGACCGGAUCUGGGUCCAAAGAUGUAUAACGCUUACGGUUCCGCUCUUCAUUCCAACAAAGGCACGACUAAUCUUCAUCUUGAUAUCUCGGAUGCCGUGAACGUUAUGGUAUACGUAGGAAUGCCAAAGGAUGUUAAUGACGAAGAAAGUCUCAAAGCUAGGACAGAGGCGUUGAGAGCGAUAGACGAAGCAGGCUGUGAUAUUCUGACGCGUCGACGUGCUCGCGAAGAGAAGGAGAAUGUGCCUGGUGCUCUGUGGCAUAUUUACGCAGCGCGUGACGCAGACAAAAUUCGAGAUCUUCUGAAUGCCGUUGCCUUAGAACGCGGAGCUCGUUUGGAACCUCAUCACGAUCCUAUACACGAUCAAAGUUGCUAUUUAGAUGGGCCAUUGCGGGAGCGAUUGUAUCGAGAAUAUGGUGUUGAAGGGUACGCUAUCGUCCAAUGUCUAGGCGAUGCAGUAUUCGUGCCAGCUGGCGCGCCACAUCAGGUCCGUAAUCUCCAAAAUUGUAUAAAGGUGGCCGAGGACUUUGUGUCGCCGGAGAACGUUUCGCAUUGCUUCCACCUGACCCAGGAAUUCCGUGCACUAUCCGAUACCCAUACGAAUCACGAGGAUAAGCUUCAAAUCAAGAAUAUUAUUUAUCAUGCCGUGAAAGACUCUCUGACCGUUUUAGCCAAUGUUAAGGAGAAUACUCUCGCUAAACUCGCCAAGACUAAUAAUGAAACGAAAACAAAGGAGGAGACUUAGCCUUAGGUCUUCCCUAUAU